AUGCCGUUGCCGCCGCAGCAGCCGGUGAAGAAGAUCGGCGACAAGUGGGCGCACCCGCUGGUGGAGCCCGAGAAGGGGUGCCUCCUGAUCGCCACGGAGAAGCUGGACGGCUCGCACAUCUUCGAGCGCACGGUGAUCCUGCUCCUCUCCUCGGGCGCGCGGCAGCUGGGCCCCAUCGGCGUGAUCCUGAACCGGCCCUCGCUCAUGUCCAUCAAGGAGGCGUCGGAGACCAUCUUCGCGGACGACGCCGACAUCGCCGCCGCCUUCGCGGGCCGCCCGCUCUUCUUCGGCGGGCCGCUGGAGGAGUGCUUCUUCAUUCUCGGGCCCCGCGCGGCGGCCGCCGGCGGCGGUAGCGACGCGGUUGCGCGGACGGGGCUGUUCGAGGAGGUGAUGCCGGGGCUCCACUACGGGACGCGGGAGACCGUCGGGUGCGCGGCGGAGCUGGCCAAGCGCGGCGUGGUGGGCGUCCGGGACUUCAGGUUCUUCGACGGCUUCUGCGGGUGGGAGCGCGAGCAGCUGCGCGACGAGGUGCGCGCGGGGCUCUGGCACGUCGCGGCUUGCAGCGCCGCCGUGCUGGGACUCGCCACCGUCGUCAAGGGCGGGCUCUGGGAGGAGGUGCAGGGGCUCGUCAGGGAGAGGAAGGUGUAG